UGUGGGCCGGGCUGUACCUUACCACCCUGUGCUCUUCGCCAUCCUUCUCUUUGGCUCUGUGCUGUGUUUUCCGCGCUGCGCUCUCUGGCCCCUUCAAACACCUCAUCCUUGACGCUAAAGGUGGAUUCAUGCUUAGAUCUCGCUCUCUCGGGUCGCGAUGCAGAACAACCAUAAGGAACAUCUUUAUAAGAUCCUUGUAAUCGGGGACCUUGGGGUCGGCAAGACCAGCAUCAUAAAACGGUAUGUACAUCAUAACUUCAGCCCCAACUAUCGCGCCACAAUUGGAGUGGACUUCGCCCUCAAAGUGCUCAACUGGGACCAAGAGACCGUGCGCCUUCAGCUGUGGGACAUCGCAGGUCAGGAACGAUUUGGCAACAUGACCCGUGUGUAUUAUCGCGAGGCCAUGGGAGCAUUCAUUGUGUUUGACGUCACCAGACCUGCUUCCUUCGACGCUGUCACCAAAUGGAAGGAAGACUUAGAUUCCAAACUGACACUUGCCAAUGGGAAACAUGUAGCAACUGUGCUUUUGGCCAACAAAUGUGACCAGGGCCGUGACGUCUUGACCAACAAUGGGAUAAAGAUGGAGCAGUUUUGUCAGGAAAACGGAUUCGUGGGGUGGUUCGAGACCUCCGCCAAGGAAAACAUAAACAUUGAUGAGGCGGCGAACUGCUUGGUGAAACACAUCAUUGCCAGUGAGAAAGACAUGCUCCAAUCAGAAGUCCCCGAUACGGUCACACCUCAGCUGGAGAAGGACAGAGGAGGAACGUGCUCCGCCUGCUUCCGCUCCCAGUAAGCGCUCACCAAACGCGGAUGUCCUUUUGUAUCUCAUUAUGGUCAGCCAGCAAGACGCAGAGGCACAAUGACUCUGGCAGCUUUUAAUGAAGAGGAGAAGUGUGCCAAUGCCCCAGCGUCAGGAAUGACAGGAAACCAAUGGACUCAGAAAUUAGAUGGACUGGAGAGACCAAAUGUGUAGAUAUAUAUGGACAAGUACAGAUGGGUGCUUGUCAAGACAAGGUCAACUCUGGGGCAGGGUUUGACAGCAUUGUGGAGACAGCUCAUAAUGACAUGCUAUUCUUUUAGUGCAUACAUAGACCACAUUUUGGUUAAAAGUAGCAUAUUGUCCCAAGUGUGUUUUGGUGUUUGGGUUUAUCGCAUUAAGAAGAUUGAAAGAUAACAAAAUGGUUUGGGCCAACAUAUUCAGUUGAAGUAAAAAAGUAUAGCCUGAACCACAAGUGGUUUAUGUUAUGACUGAAAUAAAGUUCACACUGCGUAAAAACAAACAAACAAACAAACAAACAACAACAAAAAAACUUUUCGAAAGUUUGCACAUUCAUCUGUAAAAAUUGCUGUGUUUAGUGAAAAUUAUCCAUGUAGGCUACUUACCCAGUUGUACCCUUUAAUUGACUGAAACCAAUCAAACGCACAGAGGUAUGUAGCAUUUAGCUAAUAGAUAUAGCUACAACCAGUUCCAUAAUUUUGGAAGAAAUAAAGUAUCUCUAUUCAGUAUUUAUUGCAGCACAACGCAUGAGCAAAAGUCGUUUUCCAUUUCGUCCAGUAUUUUUCAGUCAUACUUUUUUUUUCUAAAUGAAUCGGCUGCAUUUAUGGUGUCAUGUGGUUGCUCUGCCUGUGAAUAUCAUAGUCCGAACGUUACAUAACUUUAUAUAAUAAAUUCUAUUAUUUAAUUGGGUGUUUUUACCAGAGACUGUUUAAAGAAUAUUAUAAUUAUAUGUCUAUGGUUUUUACUCAAUAGGCUAUUGUAUUUGAAAUGCAUAGGCUAUUACGCUAACAGAAUAAAAGUUUUAUACAUGGUAGUGGAAUGGACCAUUCUGUGCUCUGAUUAGUAGCCUAUAGUCUAGUUUGUGUGUGUAAUAGUAGCCUGCAAAUG